AUGUCCAGAUUAACCCAGAGGACGGCCGUGUCUCCCGAGCUCCUCCCGCUCCCCCUCUUCCACGGCGGGUGUGACAAGCUAGGCUGGCUCCCCGAGGGCAAGGUGUUCAGUAACGUCCAGAGAGAGAGGAUCAUCUCCAGGUUCCUGAAGGAGAGCGUGCUCAAGAGAGUGUUCCGCUCCAAGCAGCUGAGGUGGGGAGGCCCCAGCUACCAGAAGGAGGAUCCAAGCCACAGCUUUCCUGCCAGCAGAAAGCCGGCCGAGCCGGAGGCCGGGCGCGCGGAGCGGCUGGGGCGCCCGGGCGGCAGCGCGCGCGGAGACGCGGCCGGGGACGAGCCGGGAGCCAGCGGCGCCGAGCGGAUUCCCAGGAAACCGAGGAGCAAGAUGGGCAGAAAAACCGGUGAGAGCAGCGGGCCCGGCCCGGGCGCGGCCGUCCCCUGGGAGAACUUGUCUCCCUGGAAUUUGGAUGCAGAAGUACCUGUUCCUGAAAAUAAAAGCUUCCCACCUGUGAGGGAUGGCGCCACAGGUGGUAAGAAAUCCUUGAACCACCUGGAAAUUCCAGCAGACCAGCUCCUACUGGAGCUCCCUUUCUCAGAGUUCCUGCCGCAGAGAACACAGAACAGUAAACAAGGGCUAUUCCAGCUGUGGAGUUACCCUCUGAGCGAAGCAAGCACCGUGGAGCUCAGGGAUUUCAAAAUAUCUUCAGUGGGAACUGGCUGUGAUAUGACCAAUAAUCCCAUCAGGCUCUUUGGUGUGAACCCCCCGCUGACAAGUGCCUCAGUGGACAAGCUGGCUGGCUCCUGCCCCGCACUGCAGGUACCAUUAAGUCUCUGCUGUACAUAUGCUGAUGGAGACUUUUUCAAGGACAGGAAUGAGCCUCAUAUUCAUUUAUGCUCAACUCUAGAAAACAACAGUGGAGAACUUUUAACUGCUCCAAACUGGAAUCUGAAGUAUGGAAAUAGCAGUGUGGAGGAAAAUUUAACAGAUGAAAGCGAUUUAUCAGAAAAUGAAAAAGCAAAUGAUACUCUACUCAGCUAUUUUAAAAAGAUGGACCUGAACUUAAAGCCAGAAACAAUAGAAAAUGUUGAAGAAACUUUCACAGAGGAACUGAAUGAAGUAUUUCCAUAUCCUGAUUUUCUUCCUCCUCCUUUCAGUACUUUGGACUUGCACAAAUUGGCCCUCUCAAAAUCUGAUAGUUGGAAAAUGACGGUGGAGGCUCCGGACAGCUCUCUGGAGCCGCUGAUGGCUCGUUUGCUGGACAUGGAAAGACUUCAGCAGCUGACCAUUCAGAGAGAGAGGCCCAGACUGCAGACCUCCUUCUGUGCCCCGGUCGUCACCGAACGAUCCCCUUCCUCCAAAGCUGUCUCCAAAACAAGACAGCCCAAACCCCCUGACGCGGUGGGUCUUCAAAUGGCUUGUGUAGAGAAAAGUUAUGAGAAAAGAAAAAACAGUUCUGGUUCUUACAAGCCUGAACACAGUGCUCCCAAGUGGAACUGGAACGGCGCUGGCAAAUACAAGUGGAGUUCUAGACCAGCUCUGAAAGCCUCAUCCACCCCAAAACAGGUCAUUGCAGCUCAUGAUGACUUUAAGAACCCCAAAAUCUCUGUUUUAAACCCAUGCCAAGAACUCACAAUCAAGCCCGCUCCUGUCCAGACGACUCAGCUGCUGGUUAAAACGGUCUCAGCCAGAUGUCUGCCACCAAAGUCUCCUACACCAAUUUCACCCAUACCUCUGUCUUUUCCUGAUAGUCACAGGGAAGAGACUCAGGCACCAAGGUCCAAAAAGAAACUUUACCGAAAAGACGUAGUGCUGAACAGACCAUUCUGUGUUCAGAAGCUGAACUGUUGUUUAUCACCUUCAUUAAUAGCUAAGGAUAAGUGCUCACCCACUGACCAAAAAUAA